GCUGCCGUGACUCAGAAGGAAAGCUGCAUGAAUUUAAUUCCAAGUGGAGGACUGAUGAGUGCUAUGAUUGCUCCUGUUCCAGGCGAGGAAUUGCCUGCUGUGCUAGCUUUGGAACACCAGUUGGCUACGAUAAAGAGAAAUGUUACCGCAUUUUCAACAAGGAGACCUGCACUUUUAAAGUAGUGGAGAAAGAUGAUCACUCAAAAGAAUGCCAAGUCCAUGAGUGGGUGGGCUAA